GUUGGCGGGGCUGGGGUUCCGCGGCUCCGGGGGCGCCGCUGGGGUCGCUGCGUCAUGGAGACCCGCUUCCGCCGCUGCGUCUGCCCCGGCCGCUUCAUCAACAUCCAGCGGAGCAACGGCUUGAUCCACAAGGCGAUGGUGAAGACGAUGAACGCGGACCGAGCCUGCGUGGCCGUGGAGUGGCUGGAGGACGGCGUUAUGAAGGGCAAGGAGGUUGAUUUUGAUGAUGUGCUAACAAUAAAUCCUGAGUUAUCAGAAGAACUACCCUCUGCAGAUGUGAAAGAGAACUUCCCUUUCCAAGAGAAUGUAACUGUACAGAAACAGAAUCGUAGAACAACCCUUUCAAAAAUUCCUGCUCCACGGGAAGCUGUUCGUGGCCGUUCCAGAAUGUCUGUUAUCGCAGAACCUCCGUGCAGCCUCAAGGAGGAAAAUGAGAUGGGGAUGGAUCCCUGCACUUCUACACAAACAAGAAACAAUUUUUCACUUCCUGCUGGCCGAACCAGAACUAGCAGGCUUAGCUGUGCCCCAGAAGCCUCACUCACAAAUGUAAAUGGAAAUACAGAGAAACAUCUGCCUGUCUCUAGAACAAGCUCUUCAGUGAGCCCAGUUCGGAGAAAAUCUAACAUUGUCAAAGAGAUGGAGAAAAUGAAAAACAGAAGAGAAGAAAAGAGAGCUCAAAUUAGUGAAAUCAGAACAAAACGUGCACAGGAAUAUGAUGGCAGCCCAAACUGGGAGUUUGCACAAAUGCUAAAAGAAUACAGAGCAAGUUUAUACUACCACCCAUUAUCUAUGACUGAUCCUAUAGAACAAUUUAAGAUUUGUGUCUGUGUGAGGAAGCGCCCUCUCAAUAAACAAGAACUUGUAAAAAAGGAAUGUGAUGUGAUCACUGUUCAGAGCAAGAAUGUCCUACUGGUGCACGAGCCAAAGCAGAAAGUGGACCUAACAAAAUACCUUGACACCCAAGUAUUUAGAUUUGACUUCUCAUUUGAUGAAUCCUGUUCUAAUGAAAUGGUAUACAGGUUCACUGCCAGACCUCUUGUAGAGACCAUCUUUGAGGGUGGGAUGGCAACAUGCUUUGCAUAUGGCCAGACAGGCAGUGGCAAGACACAUACUAUGGGUGGAGACUUCUCUGGAAGAACACAGAAUGCCUCAAAGGGCAUAUAUGCUUAUGCAUCACAAGAUGUCUUCCUGCUCCUUAACCAGCCCAGGUACAGGAAUCAGGACCUGGGAGUCCAUGUGACUUUCUUUGAAAUAUACAAUGGAAAGGUGUUUGACCUCUUGAACAAGAAAGCAAAGCUUCGAGUCCUGGAGGAUGGCAAGCAGCAGGUCCAGGUUGUUGGUCUUCAGGAGAAAACAGUCAGCUGUGCUGAAGAUGUCAUCAGAAUGAUCGAGAUAGGCAGUGCCUGCAGGACAUCUGGGCAGACGUUUGCAAAUGCCAGCUCUUCACGCUCACACGCCUGCUUCCAAAUCAUACUACGCCAGAAAGAAAAACUGCUUGGCAAAUUUUCCUUGGUGGAUCUGGCAGGAAAUGAGAGGGGUGCUGACACAUCCAAUGCUGAUCGGCAGACACGAAUGGAAGGUGCAGAAAUCAACAAGAGCUUGUUGGCUUUGAAGGAAUGCAUCCGAGCUUUAGGGCAGAACAAAUCUCACACCCCUUUCCGGGAGAGCAAGCUGACCCAGGUGCUAAGAGACUCUUUCAUAGGAACAAAAUCAAGGACCUGUAUGAUAGCAAUGAUUUCUCCAGGCAUAAGUUCGUGCGAGUACACCUUAAACACACUGAGAUAUGCUGACAGAGUGAAAGAGCUCAGCCCUCAUAAUGGAGGUGGUGAAACACAGAAUCAGAUGGAGACUGAGAAUGAGGAAACAGAGACCAGUGAAGAAGACUCAAGUGUUCAACACAACCUCUCCAGGGAUGAGGAGGACGAUUUCUCUCCUGACACAUUUGAAUUCCGUGAGGCUGUAACUCAAAUUAGUGGAUGGGAGGAGAAGGCUGUAGCACAGCUUAGAGAACUGAGACAGAGAAUGAUUACUGAACUUGACUACCUUUUGGGAAUCACAGAGCAACCAGCCUAUCAUCUUGAGACCUUCCUGAUCAGGGCUAACUAUUUCGUGGAGGAGAGCUCAAGAAAGUUCUUGAAUAUCAGAGAAACACUGGAUGCCCUGGGGGCUGCCAUGCAGCUGGAGGAGCAAACCAGCAAGCAGACAAGGCGGCAGAGGCCUUAGUUAAACUACAGCAAAACCUGGUUCAUAAGUCUCCUGUGUCUUGCAUGUUUCUUGGUGGUUCAUGUUACUCCUGUUUUAAAUGUGGUAAAGUGUCUGUGGGUCACAUGUGUCUGAGGGCAGUGAACAGAGCAGCCUGCCUCUUCCUGGCCUGGUAUCAGGGCCCUCAGAGUGCUAGGAACAUCUGCUGCAAGGCCUGGGGAGGGCGGCCUAAGAGUCUGAGAGGUCUGUCAUCUCAUCCUUGGCUAGUGACAACAGUUGUGUCUAACAGAACUAGAUCCACCUCUAUAGUUUUCUAGUGUACAUAUAACUUCUACAGAUGGGCUUGAGACACUGCAAAACUGUUGUAAUUCUGGCUUUUCUAGACAGAAAAUGGACUAUAUACAAUUGUAAAACAUGAGUAUUUUAAGAAGUUUGCUUGAUAAAUAAAUGUUUAUCUUCUAAAA